AUGCCUACACAUGACUCACUGAUGACCAAUAUGCAGGGAUCUACAGAGUUGUCAGGAUACAUAGAAUGCAAGAAAGUGCCAAAACCAGUUUUGACAAGUCAUGUGCAGCCAUGCAGUCCACCCAAGAAGGCAAAGAAUGAAGACCAAAGCCCUGGCAGGCUCAUCAAAGCAGUGACAGUGACCCAUUUCAAGACAAAGGAGUUUUCUUCAAUUGGGAAUGAACUACUGACUGCCAAGUUACAGGGAGCAGCAAAGCUGGAGCAAGUUGAACCUGUAGUAGUGGAAGGACUACUCAUGACAAAGGUGCCAAUUGAAUUCAAGGCAAGGAGGCUCAAAGAACACAUGAAGCCCACAAGAGUUGAAGUUGAAGAGCUCAAAAUGCUCACAGGCAGCCCCAAAGCAAAAAGGUUGGCAGAUGAAGAGAUUGUUGACUCACACAGGGCACCACAGCACACAAAUCACACCAAGUCAAGGGUUAUUGCAAGAAGAAUAAGGAUUGAGGAGCCAUCAAGGCUUGUCACACAAAGGAAGCUGCUGGAAGAAAUUCUGCAAGUCGAAAUGUUGAAGCACAUGUGCAGAUCAACAGCUGGGCAAGAUAGGAGAUGCCAUUUGAUGGGAAUGGGGCAUGAGGAGCACAGGUACCAAGCUCAAUGGCUCAGAGGGAAGACCAAUGGCUACAUGAGAGUGGAAGUGCCAUUUGAUGGAGAUGGGGGCAUGAGGAGUGCAGACACUGAGCCCAACAGCUCAUUGGAAAGACAGUGGACUGUCAAGGAGAAGCUACACAACAAGAUACAAUGGCACUACUAUGAAUGGGGCAAGCAGUCAGAGCAAGCUGAAGGCACAACAGUGGUUUUGUUCUUUUCAUUCAGUAUGGAAACUACACCUGAGGAGAUUAUCAAUGGUCGUGCAAUGCAAGAGUGGCCAUACGAUGGAUAUGAGGCAUGGUGGAGACAAAUGACAAGCUUGAUAGCUCAAGGUCCUGAGUUUAUUUCAGGAUAUGCUACUCACAUCUUCAUUAUUCUAGCAAAGGCAAAUACCUACAAUGAACUACAAUUGUGA